UUUGAUGAUGGUGAAGAAGAGAGUCAUGACGAUCACCUCAGUGCCGUUCGGCAGCAAAGCAGUCCAUUUCCUUCUGCAAUGUACACUGUGUAGCAUCACUGCGUUUCUUCUAGUGUUGCACGGAAUACCUUGUGAUUAGCAGAGAGGCCCUGAGCUACUUGCAUGUGUAGUAGGUUAGUUCUAACAGACUAAUAUUGUAGUUUAAAACAUGGAAACCGGCUCCAGGGAAACAAACGAUGACCUUGAGCCAGUUCCUCGCAACCGCACGUUCGAAACGACCAUUUCAGAUCGGCUUACCGCCGACGUUGUCGCUUCACGCUUGAUUUUGUCGCGUCAGAACUCCCCUCCACGCCGGUUGCCGGGCAGUGAUUCACUUCUCCCGACGUCCGUUCUUGCUCACCAAACACCAUCCGAGUCCGCGGCUAUCGCAAGCAUCGUGGACACCACUGGCGUUCAGUUGCCUUCUGCAACCACAGGCGCAGGGAUUGAACAGGAUGACAAUGGCGGAUACGAAGUACCUAUCCUUUCGACUCGUGAAGUACGUGGCCGGCUAGCCCUCCCUGUGCCACAGGAGCGGCCUACCAUACGGCAAACACCGCCACAACACCCACACCCACCCCUACGCAUUGUGGAGAACGUGAAGAGAAGGAAGGAAUGUAUCACCAGCAAGUUGCUCUAUGUGGCAGACGUGAGUCCUGUCCUCUUCGUGAUCAAUGAUUCACUGAGUGCCAUUCGCCAUCUCCUGGUUGUGCUGGGUGAGAGCUGUGAAGACGCUCAAGCUGCGCUGGGAGAUCAUAGUGUGACACUUAUCGCUGGGCGCAGUGGAGGCCAAUACUUGAAAUCCAUCAUACAGCCUGUCCUGCUGAGAUGGAAGAACCGUCCAGUUCCAGUCACUGAUGCGCCUGCAAUGAACCCAGAUAAAGAAAUGAUGUCAUACCUCUGCGAUUGCAAACUGCUGGACGUAUUAUCUGAGCUGCACGAAGGUGCCGCCGCACGCCCGUUGCCAGCCCUGCCACCUUCUCCUCCACCUCAACCGCCACCGCCACCACCAACCACACAGCAAUCGGAGGAACGCAGCACCUCCGAGAGCGUGAAGAGGAGCCUUGAGCGGAUCACCAGCAAGCUGCUGCUGCUGGCGGAGACUCAUCCCGGUGUGUUCAUGACCAGACAUUCACUGGCACCCUUUCGUCACCUCUUGGUACUGCUAGGCGACAGCUGUGAGGAUGCUGAGGUCGUACUAGGCAACAAUGUCACUCGCUUCACGGGACCAAAUGCAGGACAGAACCUGAAAUGCAUCAUACAGCCAGUCCUGCUGAGAUGGAAGAACUCCCACCACAGGACCUUGUCCACCAUGGACCCAUAUGAAGAAAUCAUGGCAUAUCUGGAUAACUGCCAACUGGGGGAAGUAAUGUCCGAGCUUCAAAAUGGCAAGCUGGUCCUUUCUUCUCAGCACGUACCCGUCCCCUACUACGAGAGCUCCAGCGUCAUCAGACAAGAACUCCAUACUGAACACCAGAUCAAUGAUGAGCAGCAGGACUCCGGCUAUGGGUGUGGAACAGUAUCAGCGUUGAAGGAGACCAGUAGGGGCAAACCAGAACCAACAUACACGUAAUACGAAAUGACCGAUGUGUUCCGUGAACAAAUACGCUCAUGGCGUCCCUGCCAUGUUGCGAGCUAUAUCGCCACCCGCAUCAUUCUACCUUAUAACCAGAGAACACUUCUAGCGAUACCUCUGCCUUUGGCAGGGAAAGGAUUUUUCACUCUCUUAGUUUCUAGUCCAGGGCAGACCGUUUAGCAAUGCCACGGAAUGUUAAUCAUGUUGUCGAAGUGGACGGAGAAAACUUGAGAGUAUGCAUGUCUGCGUGUGAUAUUGAAAAGUUACUAGUGCCGCUGUUGAGACUUUUAUGUAUAUGCGGAUACAUUUAACUGUUUGUUUCGCUAAUGGUCCUGUUCACAAUACCUGCGUAUUCCAUUCUCUCAGUAAACCCAUAUGUCGCUUCUUACCAUAUAUUUUUAUCCUGCAAGCUUGCUGUAUCUGGUGCACAGCACGACUCAAGCUGACCAUAUUGUCAACCAAGCCUUCAUGAUCCACAGUUUUCAUUCACUGAUUUCCCUAUGUACAUUUUAUUACCGCGUUCAUGCUAAGAGAUGCUGAAUAAUUCUGUACCUCGUCAGACA